GAAGGGCGGGAAUUUCACGGUGGCGGCCUGCGGCCUACGCUGCGGUCUUUUCCUCGGCCGAAGAAGGGGCGGCCUUUGAGGAACGGCAGCCGGCAGCGGCUGCAGCUGGGCUGGUCCCGGGGCCCGGCCAGGGGUGGAGGCGGGAAAGCGAGAGGAUGAUGCGCCCGGCGCGGCGGCGCUGCUGCAGCCGGGACCGCCCGAGAUCAGCUCCGCGAGCCUGGGCCGCUCGCUAGUCAGGGCUGGAGGCGGCGCAGGACUGCCAGGGCCCCGCGGCCGAAGAGGGGCUGCUGGAGGGAGAGCGCUUGCCGCCCAGGCUGCGGCCCGGGAGUGGCGGCGGCGGCUGCGGCGUGGCCAUGCCGUGGCUGAGCGGAGGGCGCAGGAGGCGACGGCAGCAGCAGCAGCAGCCACCGCAGGCCGCCGUGAUGGGACAAGGGACCGGGCAGUCGCCUGUCGUGUCAGGAGGCGGCGGGCCGCGGGGCCGGGAGAGCUCGGAACUGCCUCUGCCCGCGGGCUGGGAGGAGGCGAGAGACUACGACGGGCGCGUCUUCUACAUCGAUCACAAUACGCGGCAGACUUCGUGGAUCGACCCGCGGGACAGGAUUACAAAGCCUUUAACUUUUGCUGACUGUGUAGGUGAUGAGCUGCCUUUAGGAUGGGAAACUGUUUAUGAUCAACAGAUUGGUAUUUAUUACAUGGACCAUAUAAAUCAACUUACCCAAAUUGAGGACCCAAGAGAGCAAUGGAGAAGAGAGCAAGAGCGAAUGUUAAAAGAAUAUUUAAUUGUUGCCCAGGAGGCCCUUAAUGCCAAAAAGGAAAUCUACCAAAUUAAGCAGCAACGUUUUGAGCUAGCACAAGAAGAAUACCAGCAGCUGCAUAAAAUGUGUGAGGAUGACACUCGUUCUUAUACGAGCUCAUUCUCUGGAUUUUCAACCAAUACAAAAUAUGACCCAUCCCAGAUUAAAGCAGAAAUAGCAGGUCGACGUGACAGACUCUCUAGGUUAAAACGAGAAUUGGCACAGAUGAAGCAAGAGCUGCAGUACAAAGAGAAAGGAGUGGAGACAUUGCAAGAGAUUGAUCGUAAGAUAUCAAAUGCCCAUAUGAAAUACAAAUUGGAUGAAGCCCAAGCAAUAAUGAAUGAACUCCGAACCAUCAGGAAGGCAAUUUGUAUGGGUGAGAGAGAGAGACAAGACCUAAUGCAGAGUCUGGCCAAGCUGACAGAGGGAUUCAAGAAUAGUUGUUGUAUUACAGAAUCUCUGCAGGAUCUUCAGUAUAAUUCUAGCUCGCACACUGACUCCUGUUUACCUCAGCAACAAUGUGAUGCUUGUUCUCAAACUGACAUCAUUGGGGAGUUUGGAUUUGAUGAUAAAGCAAGGCUCGGUGAUGGAGAACGAUUAGCUCUACAGUAUGAAGAGGCCCAAAAGAGGGUUUCCAGUAUCCAGCAACAGCUGGCCCAAUUGGAUAAUGAAUCCUGGCCAGGAAUGGCAGAAGCAGACAGGGAUCGUCUUCAACUCAUCAAAGAGAAAGAGGCUCUCCUACAAGAUUUGCAGCUCAUCAGUCAGCAGCGGCGAUCCCCUGAGGACAUUGAACAUCUAGAGGAUGAAAAAAGGCGUCUGGAGGCUGAGAUCCAACAGGCUAGGGCCAGUUCUUCUCAUGGUGCUGCUGAAAGGAUACUGCUACAGGAAAAGACUAAUUGUCUGCUGAUGCAGCUGGAAGAAGCAACUCGUUUAAGUUCGUAUUUACAGUCGCAGUUGAAAAGCUUGUCUGCCAGCACACUGACAAUAUCUUCUAGUGGCAGCAGGGGGUCAUUGGCAUCCAGCCGUGGAUCAUUGGCAUCCAGCAGGGGCUCUCUUAGCUCUGUCAGCUUCACAGACAUCUAUGGUCUUCCUCAAUAUGAGAAAUCAGACAGUGUUAUUGACUACUGGCAGCACAUGCGAUUUGAUGCAAUUCCAUUUGAUUGUCCCAGUAAAGAUAUACAGUAUGUUGACUCCAUUGGACCUUCUAGUUUUGGUAAACAAAGAAGAUCUUUGGAUACACCUCUGUCACUGGCAUCCCUCUCAUCACGGUCCUCUCUGUCCUCAUUGUCUCCUCCAAGCUCCCCCCUGGACACUCCCUUCCUCCCUGCUUCUCGGGAUUCCCCAUUGGCCCAAAAGUCAGAAGGAUAUGAGGAAAUGAUGGGCACAGGGGCCUUAGAAAUGCUUCGAGCUCAUGUUUCUGUUUUGGGUGAAGACAAAUCUCAAGAAACAGUGUCAUCUAAGGCUCAUGACUAUUUUCCAGACAAUGAAGGACUACAGCUGGCAAACAUUCCAACCUCUGGAGUUGUGACUCUACGUGAAGACAGUGCUAGAAGGUUGGAGAGGAGAGCCAGGCGAGUCUCAGCAUGUCUGUCCAAUUAUUCACUGGCUAGUGACAGUGGCGUGUUUGAAGCUUUAAGCAAAAGGAAUGAGGAUGUUGAAGAAUCAUUGUAUGGUGAUGCUGUCAGUGAAGAGCCAAAAAUGCAAGUUGGAUUUCUACAUGACAGUGGAAGUGAGUGCCUGCUGGUUCAUGUGCUACAACUAAUGAAUUUUAGUGGUCUUGCUGUGAAAGAAGGCUGUAAAAUACAUGUGAGAAUAUAUUUACCAUCUCUUGAGUCUGGCACUCCAACCACUUAUUGUUCUAGAGCUUUGGAAUUUCAAACUCCAUUAAUAUUUAAUGAGGUCUUCCGGAUCCCUGUUCAGUCAAGUAUCCUGAAGCUAAAAUCACUACAGCUUUACAUCUGUUCAGUUGGCCAGCAGCAACAAGAAGAAUUGUUGGGCAUUGCUCAGAUUAGCCUUGCUGGCUAUGAGAGUUCAAGUGAAAUGCAGCUUAACUGGUAUCCUAUCCAGAUCUUCAAUGGCUCAGAUUGUCAGCUGACUAAGGAUAAUCCCAAGUGUGAAGAAAGCACUGCUCAGUGUUCUGAAAACAAAACCACAGUGAAAAUGGAUGCUGUGACUGCCCUAUUAGCUAAGACCAAAGCUCAACUGAAAGCUGUAGAGAGAGAACUAGCGAAGGAGAACGUGAAACUGGAAUACACAGAAGAGGAAUUACUUGAGAUGGAACAAAAGGAAGAUCAGGUGGAAGCUGUGUCGGAGAGAAGUUGGCAAGCAGAAUCAGUUGACAGUGGAUGUAGUAAUUGCACACAGAGCAGUCCUCACUACCCAGAGGCUUAUUGUGGUGAAACAUUACAUAUGUUUGUGGGUCAGACAGAUGAAUAUACUUCUGGAAAAGUCCAGCCUCCUCCUCUAAAGGUGGAUAAGGAGACCAACACGGAAGAUCUCUUCCCAGAAGAAAUGGGUUUGCUUCACAAAAGCAGAACUGGCCGUCGAUCCCGAGGGUCUGCAUUUGUUCGCAGUAGUACUAUUGUUCGCUCACAGACAUUCUCUCCUGGUGCACGAAGUCAGUAUGUUUGUCGUCUAUACCGUAGUGACAGCGACAGUUCAACCCUGCCACGAAAGUCACCCUUCAUCAGAAAUACUUUGGAAAGGCGAACGUUGCGUUAUAAGCAGCAGUCCUGUAGGUCGUCUUUGGCUGACCUUAUGGAACGGACAUCACUAGACCUGGAGCUGGAUCUCCAGGCCAUCAGAACAAAGCAGAGACAGCUGAAUGAGGACAUAUGCACUCUGAGAGAGCUGCAGCAGCGCCUGGAGGAUGCUCAGCGUAGAGGGCAAACUGAUCUGCCUCACUGGGUGCUUCGGGAUGAACGAUUCCGAAAUUUGCUUAAGGAGGCAGAGAGACAGACAAGACAGACCAAAUUUGAACAUCGUCAACAACAAGCAGCUGAAAAAUUGCUCAAGAAAGUAUCCAAAGAAGUGUACCAGCUACGAGGUCAAAACCAGAAGGAGCCUAUUCAGGUGCAGACCUUCCGGGAGAAGAUGGCAUUCUUUACAAGGCCAAGGAUCAACAUACCUCCUCUGCCAGCCGAUGAUGUAUGACAUGUUACUUUGUAAACAUGAAGUAUUUCUCUAUUUGUUCUUAUUUUAAGAUGAAGUUACUAGGCUAGUUAAGUUUAUUUUGUAAAAUUGUUGCGCAAAGACUAUUAAUAUACACAUUUUGUAAAAAAAUUAAAAGUAAACAAAAACAUAUAUAUAUAUAUAUAUAUAAAUAUAUACAUAUAUAUUUUAUAAUAGUGACUGCAGCAAGGCUUGGUUUUUCCUUGUUGUGAAAUUGACAUCUCUGAUGACAACUUAUUUUAUAUGGGGAAAAAAAUCAACUAUCCUGUUAGAGCUUGUACAGUUUUUAUGCCAUUUUAUUUGACUUAAAAGGCUGGAAGACAGAAACAAAGUGAGUUCAGGCAAAUUCACUGUAUUGUAAUUUAUUUAUAGUAACUCAUUUUCCUUGAAGGAAAAUCUACUUUAAGAUGUGUUUUAAAGACUGAAAUUUUGUUACUCAGUAUUUGUCAUACAGUAGAAUGGAACCAUUGAGCUGGUUUUGUUUCUGAUAGCUGAAAUGAAAAUACUAUGUUCUCAAUUUGUCACUUUUUAAUCAGCUUUGCUGUCUAAUAAUGUAACAUGUAUUUUGGCACUGUCUGAAAUUGAAGUAUCACCUGCAGUAUUGGAUUUUUUAAAAAAAAUCUGUUAAAACACAAACACUGUAUGGCGCACUUAAAUUUUCUUAUUCUGCGUUAGUAGAUUGUUCUAAUUUCAGUGGUGUCAAAUAUGUCUUUAAUGACUUUAACAUGUUUUUUCCAUUUAACGAGGGAAGGAACAAGGUGACAGGUCUCUAUUUAGCUGUUUUUAGGAAAGGGGCUUGUGAGUUUACUGUAUUAAUGAAAAUAUAGUAUUAAUAGAGUUUUUUAUGCAUAUGUUACAGAAAUCAUCUAGGUCUGGAUUCAGGAAAUCAUCCCAGUUAUCACAGAACUACUCAUUUCCUUAGAGUUCCUCCUAGGUCUUACAUUCCAAGCUUUAUUUUGUGCAGUAGAAUAUUGCUUUCUUAAAAGUAUGAUUCAAAAAAUAAAAACCAAUUUUGCAUCUGAUGUUUAAUCCUAGUACCCCAGUGAAGUGGGACCCAUUUCAUAUAGUGUGGAUCCAACAGCAGCUUGUUUGGAGAAGCACAAUAAAUUAAUGUGGUUUUUGGCUGUGAUUCUACUCUGCAGAAUAAUCCAGAUUUUUUACCUAUCCUUUUCAGUUUUUCAAGCUUAGCAGAAAAUCAUCUGUAUAUUUUCAGUGUUUUUCUGAUUAUCUUUACUAGAAAUCUGCUGGGGUUUUUGUUUUUGCUUGGAAUGAAAACCAGGGCUUUUCAGGGUUCCACAUCUGCUGCUAUGCAAAUUCAACCAUGUGGAAUUCUCCUACAAUCUUACAAAUAUAAACCAAAAUGCUAGGGGUGAAUUUGUUAAUUUUAAACUUGUUGCUAAUUCCUUCAUUUGUUCAGUUUCUGUUUAUUUCUGUUCUAUGUAAUACUUUUGUGUCACACAUCAUUUUACACUGUAAACCUAACUUUUGUUGGACUGACCUGUAGUCCUAACUUUCCUGGCCUUGCAUUUCAUGCAUGAUUUUAAAGACAUUGCUAUUUUUAUAGCACAAAUACUGGAUUAAUUGUCUUUGCUUGUUCUGGAACCAGUGUAGACCCCCACUUUGUCCCUGUGUUGUCCCUGAAGGUUCACUUGUUUCAGAACAAUAUUGGUGUUGGGGGAAAGUGGGGGAAAGUGGGGAGGGAGCUGCAAGAGGAAGCAGGAAGGUCCACAGAUAAUUGGAGGCACAGCACUGUUAAAGUUCCUUUAAAAUUAAUAGAAUGGCAAUAUGGACUAAGAAAAAGGUCAUUGAAUGUCACCUUAGAUCAGUUGGGGGUCCCUUGCUUGUACUUCUCUGUUAAACAUUAUUAACAUUGAUCUGUCACCUUAAAUUCCUGAAAAGUGCCGCUUUUUGCGUCUUGCAUGUGUAUGAAAGUGUACGCUAUUGUAUUCAGCUUCAGUUUUCCAAAGAAUUAUGUCCUACAAAAGGAAGCCUUAUCUCUUUGUAAAAUCUGUACCAUUUUUAUAUAGGACACCAUCAAGUUGAACUUUUGGUUUUAGAUACAAUCUAAGAAUGCCUUAAGGAGGCCUGAUACCAAAGAAAAGUCAUCAUUGUGUCAGAAACAAAUCCAUAUUCCCUGCAGUAUUUGGUGCACAAACAUUGACUUAACUUUAUGCAAACUCUUAAACUUCCAUUGUUAUUUUGCAAUAGUGAUUAAGCAACAUAUACUGCAGAUAAUUAUAAUUCAGAUAAUGUCUAAAUAUAUUAAAUUAACAUGAAAUUUGAUUUUGUAAAUCACAUCUGUCUUUAUCUAAUUGAAAAACUUGCAGCAUAAUCAUAACUGAAAAUAAAAAUGUUUGGUAUUAUCAUCAGUGCUCUAUAGUAUCUCUCUGGUGUGUUCAAUUUUGCAUACUGGUCCCAUAAUAUUAAAACAAACAGGAAGAAACUGUUCAAGCUGGGAUGGAAGCCUAAAGGAAAAUAAUGUUAUAUUCAGUAGUUAGGAGGAAUAGAAACAUUUGUUUACAAUGGCUGCCAUUUUAAAUGUCAGUAUUUUCCAACAAUAAUCAGGAAAUGGUCUUGAGUUGCAUUCUUGUACAGGGUAAUUCUUGAUCUGUUGGGGUUAAAUUUCAGCAACUCUGAUACUCUUUUGGGAAUGUAGUAAUGGAAGGCUUUCCUGCUUUUGUUCUUCAAUGUGUAGGUAUAUGAUUAGCACACAUAUAGAGCAGUUUUCAUCAUCAUUAUAUUUGUGUGCAAUAGCAGCAUUUUGUUUAACAUUUUGAUAUUUCUUGCAAAAAAUUGUGAUCUGCUUUUGUUUGUGUAUGUUAAGUCAAAUGGUGUACAUGGAACUCUGCCUACUUUUGGAGCUUCCUGGUAUAAAGUGUUACUGGGUUAUAGUGGUGGUCAAUGGACAGUGUCCCCAGUAUCAAGGGAGGACAAGAGUUUGACUGUCAAAAUGAAUACUAUUUCAGUGUGUUAAAAAUAAUGUACUUUACAGUAUUCAUUUCUUGUUUGUCACAGUUCUGAAUGAUUGUGUCAUUUAUAUUUGAAAAGUAUUCUGCAAAAAUAAUAAUAAUAAAAACCCUUGCCAUAAA